AUGGCGGCCAGCGGCAGCGGCAGUGGCGGCGGAGGAAUCCGGCCGGAGCUCGGCGGCGGGAUCGCAGCGAGGGAGUGCGAGUCCUGCCGAGCCGCCCCCGGCAUCCCCUUCUGCCGCGUGGAAUGGUCCUUCCUCUGCACCGGCUGCGCCGCCGUUGUCCACGGCCACAACUGGAUCGUCGCCGUCCCCCCAAACCCUAACCCUAACCCUAGCCCUAAUCCCAGCCCUUAUCCCUACACCUACGCCUACCCUUACCCCGUCUCCAACCCUAACCUGAACCCUAACCCUAACGCCGGCGGAGACCCCAACCAGGUCGUGCAGCUGUCGUCCGACGAGGAGGCCCCUUCAUCCGUCGAUCCUGAUGACGGCGCCGGUGGCAGGGGGAAGCGGAGGCGGCGGUCGGCGGGCGGGGCUGCGCCCGGCGGGCGGGUGGCUAGCGUGAUGAGGUACAAGGAGAAGCGGAAGAGCCGCAAGUUCGAUAAGACGGUCAGGUACGAGACCCGGAAGAUGUACGCGGACCUCAGGCCCCGGGUCGACGGGAAGUUCGCCAGGCCGGAUGCCGGCAGCGAGGAGGCGAGGGCGGAUGCCGGUGAGGCGGCGGAGAGCCGGGAUGCCAACGAGCGGUUGAGGUCGGACCCGAGCGAGGAGGUGAGGGUAAAUUCGAGCGAGGAGGUCGGGCAGCUGGACGCUGGAGAGGAGGAACUGAGACAGUUGGAUGCUGCUGAUGAAGGGAGGUUGGAGUGA